AUGUCAUCAAUUCCCGUAAGUGCUGAGAACACUAGUCAAAUAGUAGGUAUUUCUAAUUUGCCUAAUCAACGUUAUAAGAUUGUAAAUGAACAUGGUGGUCAUUUUACUAUGAUGGUUUGUGGUGAAAGUGGUUUAGGUAAGACCACCUUUGUUAAUACAUUAUUCCAAACUACUUUAAAACAUUGUGUACAACGUCCUACAUCUUCUUCCAACACUACCUCAAGUAGAAAGACCGUUGAAAUUGACGUUAUUCGUGCAGUUCUAGAAGAAAAAAACUUCAAAUUAAGAGUAAAUGUUAUCGAUACUCCAGGCUUUGGUGAUAAUGUUAACAAUAAUAAGGCAUGGCAGAGAAUCAUUGAUUUCUUAGAUGACCAACAUGAUUCUUACAUGAGACAAGAACAGCAACCAUAUCGUGAUAUCAAAUUCGAUUUGAGGGUUCAUGUCGUGUUGUAUUUUAUAAAACCAACUGGUCACGGUCUAAAGCCAUUAGAUAUCGAAACUAUGAAAAAGAUUGCUACAAGAGCUAAUCUUAUUCCAGUCAUUGCCAAGUCUGAUACUUUAACUCAACAAGAACUAAAUACCUUUAAACUAAGAAUAAGACAAGUUAUUGAAGCUCAGGAUAUAAAAAUUUUUACCCCACCAAUUGAUGAAAAUGUUAUGGGUAGUUCCGGUAACCCUAUUGCUGAUGCAAACACUGAUGAAAAUUCUGUAGCUUUCAACAAUACUGCUGCAAUGGAACAUGCCCGUCAAUUGAUUGAGUCCAUGCCAUUCGCUGUUGUUGGUUCAGAACAUAAAUUUACAAACGCACAAGGCACUGAAGUUAUUGCUAGAAAAUACCCAUGGGGUCUUGUAGAAGUCGAAAAUGACGCUCAUUGUGAUUUCCGUAAACUAAGAAGUUUAUUGUUAAGAACCAAUUUACUUGAUUUGAUUUUAUCAACCGAAGAUAUCCAUUAUGAAUCAUACAGAGCAUUAAGAUUGGGUGGUAGCAAACAAGAAGAGACAGACAACUCAUCUGUUCCAAUUCCAACUCCAGCAAGGAAACUACUUUCAAGCAAUCCUAAGUACAAAGAAGAAGAAAAUGCAUUAAAGAAAUACUUUACUGAACAAGUCAAGGCCGAAGAACAAAGAUUUAGACAAUGGGAACAAAAUAUUGUUAAUGAAAGAUUAAGACUAAAUUCUGAUCUGAAGGAUAUCCAAGAUAAGGUGAAGAAAUUAGAAGACCAAGUAAGAAACUUACAACUAAAAAAAUAUUAG